AUGGAAGCGCCAAGGAGGGCUCCUGGCCGCGAGGGGCCGGCGUUGCUGCGCGUAGCGAGCGAUGGGCGCGCGUGUGCCUCGAGGUCGGUUUGCCGGCGGAGUGGGCCGAGGGUGACAGCCGGCGGGGUGCGCGCGCCUGCAGCACCGCGCAUGCGUGCCAGCGCGCCGCAACUUACUGAAUACACCAACACGCAGCGCCACUACAUGUGCUAUACUGGCGCGCUGCCGCCUUACCUACAUAUCGAGAUGGCGGGCAUUCUCACCCUCAUGUACAAAAUCAGAACAAAUAAGAAUAUUGGAUGGAUGGCUAAUUAAUCGUCACGUUAUUACAUCGCAUCUAGUUUAAUCGUCCCCGCUACCGAAGUUAUAAAAAGUUCACGUUUUAAAUUGUAAUAAAUGACGUUAUUCCUGCAACACAUUAAAGAACAGCUGAAAACCUUGAAGAUGUCCAGAUUUCGCUUUGGACGACAGCAUGAUGGCUAUCGUCUAGUCUCCAACGACGACAGCGGCUUUUCCGAUGCACAAUUUGAAGGACCUCCACCUAAAAUACCUUGGAAAGCAAUAUCUUUGGCUGCGUUCUUAUUUGUUGUGGGCACAGCACUACUUAUUGUAGGCAGUUUAAUUGUGACUGGCCACAUAGACACUAAGUACUCAGACCGUUUGUGGCCAAUGAUAGUUUUAGGCUGUAUAAUGUUCUUGCCAGGAGCAUAUCACAUUAGAAUAGCAUAUUAUGCAUACAAGGAGUAUCCUGGUUACAGUUUUGCUGACAUUCCUGAGUUUGAAUAGCAAUUCUGAUGUUUAUGUUAUCAAUAACUUUGUUAUCCAAUAGAUCUGUUUGUUGAUGUUUAGAAGUUGUUUUCUAUGUAGUAUAUUAUUGUUAUUUGAUGCAGUGAGUACCUAAUAGUCAACAUAAUAUUUUAGUUUGUGUGUCACAAAUGCAUUUUCUACAAAAGCACAUAAUAUAGGAAGUGGCUUAUAUUACUAAUGUCAAUCUUUAGAUUUUAAUUCAACUGUUCAAGAUUAUAAUAUGUAUGAAUGCCAAUAUCUUAAUGUAUCAUCAUCAUCAGCCUAUCGCAGUCCACUGCUGGACAUAGGCCUCUCCAAGUGCACGCCACUGAGAUCGAUGUAAUGUAUUACCUAUGUAAAUAAUUUUAAUGUGAUUUUAUAUUUAAGGCAAGUAGCUUUCCUAUAUGGACCAUGUUUAAAGUGUUUAUAAAUACAAAAACAUUACAUAA